CUGAAACUGAAACACCCAGAUUCUGAUUAUUUGUAGUCAUUGUAUGGUGUUGAUUGUAUUCUAGCAAACCUAAAGUUUACAUUUAAUGAAAUUUUAAUAUUAGUUACGAGGAUUUUGUUACUAAUUUUUUCAGUGGAUCAAAAUUCAACAAUGAAAUACAUGUAUAAAGUGUAAUAUAAAGUAUAACCUGAUCUUCUGUGCUUAUUUUCUAACUACAAUUGUUUGCGGGUGGUUCUUACUUUUUUGUACCUGGAGGAUAAGAGUAACCUCUUCGCUAGUUGGUGUAUCUGUUAUUGUCUACUUGAUUGUGUGACACUCUCUGCUCCACCAUGCUGAGCAGAAUUCUGCCGUUAUGCAAUCAUAAUUAUUACAUUGAAAGAGUAAAAUUUGGUGUUCCUCUAGAUCAAGUGUGCUGUAUUCAUAAUGAUAUCCCUGGACCUUUAUUGAUACUCAUAUUGAAACUUAAUAAGGAGGGGCCUUACAAAAAAGAUGUCUUCAGAGCACCAGGUCAUCAAGCUAAUAUGAAAAAGCUUAUCCAUUUCUUACAAACUGGACGUUUAGUAAAUAUAGACAAUUUUAGUGUUUAUACUAUUGCAUCUGUGUUGAAAAAAUUUCUAAGGAAACUUCCUGGAGGAAUUUUUGGCCAUGAAGCUGAAUCAAGACUCUUUGAAAUAAUCGAAAAGGAAGACACUGAGGAGAAAAGAGAAGAAAUAAAUCGUUUAAUAACAUCUCUACCGCCAGUACAUCAACAUUUAUUAGUUCUUCUUUUUGGAACAUUCAGAGCAAUAGCUAGCACAAGUAAAAAAGCCAACACUGGGAUGACAAGUGAAGCUUUAGGAGUCUCAGUUGCUCCGUCUUUCCUUCAAAGCUGUGUUUCCGAUGGAUGUAAAAUAGCAAAAAUGGAAGACGUCCACAGAUAUAAGGUCGCUACCAUGAUAAUGAAAUUCCUGAUCGACAAUUUUGGUGUAUCUAACCUUUUUGGUCGAGAAAAUUAUGAGUAUUAUGCAAGGAUUAGUGGAAGAGUCUUAAAAGUUGAAGAGAAUUGGAUUUUUGCCUUCAAAUACCCUCCAGAUUCUUUUGUAUCUCCAAUUUCAUCAUGUGAAGAAUGUCAAAGUACACCUACUCUCUGUCCUUCCUCCGCAUCCGAAGUUUCAUCAUCUGCUUGUAAAGCUGUUGACAAAGGAGCCAUCCUAGCUGAUGAUGUUUAUGCUCGUUUAAGCAUGUCACUGGAGGAAAGUUUCUUCAAGGUUAAAACGACCAAGUCAAACCCAUCUACCGCAACAACAUCACCAACCAUAAUCACCACAUCAUCACCCAUCUAUCACCAUCACUAUCCUCAACAAUUAAUGCAUGAAUCACAAGAUAUGCAAGAGCACGAAGAUGACAGCUUAAACUUGGAGCAACUUCGUCAAGUUAAUCGUUAUGCAGAAAGUACAAAAUCUUUAUCAUUUCUUCCAAUUGUACACGAAAGACAAACCCAAAGGAUGAAAACUCGUUCUGAAUGGUUCCUAAAUCCUGGUGAAAUCGAUGUUCCCAGUUCAUCAUCAAACCUUUCUAAUCCUAAUUCUCAUUCACACCCGACUGCUCCUUCCUCUACAAUUAAAUCCAAUAAUAAAAACUGUGGGUCUGGUGGAGGAGUUAUAAGACGAACCUCAUCCAAAGAGAAAAGACUAGUUCGUCGAAGUUCUUCCAAAAAAGAUAAAGAAAAUGGAAACAAAAGUGGACCCUCAAGUUUAAUCUGUGAUUCAACCUCCCCAACAACAAGCGUACUCAGUGGACCAACAACCGGGUCAUCAACAGGAGCAUCAUCAUUACCAUCUCAUCCAUCAAUUUCAUCACCCAUUGCAUGUACAGACAUGGAUGUUUCACCAACACUUGCAUAUAAACCAAGGAUUUGAUUCAAUUUAAUCAUUUUUAUACGCAAAUACACACAACUCACACACUCACAUUAAAAAAAUGACUCGUAUACCAAGCAACAAUUGACAUGACCUGAAACAUCCAUUUCAUUGAAGCAUUUUAUUUCUACUCAUACUCGUCAUUUCCUUAUCCAGUUCAUUUACCACCACUACUGAUCCACCUUUUCACCUUUGAUAAUCAACCUUCUGUCCAAGAGAAAAACAAAACAAAAUUUUUGCAAUUUUAAUGAAACAAAUCAACUUUGUAUACGCGUUCACCUACAACAACACACCAACAAACUUACUCACUCACUCAUUUCUCACAAAAUUUGCGCUAUUCACCAAUCUUUUCAGUCCCUUUUGCACAUUCUGCCCCCUUUUGCUACUGAUGACUCAAUCUCACUCACUUUUUUCUCUUGCUACAUUUCUAAGCUUUUCUUACAAAAUACGUUUGUUUUCUCCUUUUUAAUACUUCUAAUCUUUGAACGUUAAAGCUGCCUAACAACAGGAAUCUGAGUUUCUACUUGGAUCCAAAAAGAUGCAACCAACAACGAGAUAAUCGGCAAAAGAAACUGAAAAUUUGUCCAUUUUGACCAUUCAACUCUGAAGCUUUCACUGGUCCAGCUGUAAUCUUCCAGCAACAAGCAUAAUCAACCUAAAUUUGACGUGGAAAUAUCGACGUUGAAAAGGCUACCAAUCCCGGUGUUAAAAUCUGUGUUUCUUCGAUGCUUUUUUCUACUCAACCAAGCGCCAAGCUACUCUUAAUACACCAUUUUCACUCCUGUUUUUUCAUCUCAACAAAGUUAACUUUAUCAUAAUUUUGUCAACAAAUUUGGAAGUUGAGUUUGUACAAGACUUGACAAACCAAUCAAAACAUUAGCUCAAGAGAGAGAAAGAGGAAGAGAAACAAGAAAAACAAUUAACAUUUAAAAAUACAUCAACAAGCAAAAAAUAUGCUGUCUUCCCGUUUUGAGGAAAAAUCCAAUGAAAACAAAAGGAAUCCAUUUUUUGCGAUUAUCUGACAAGCAACUCGAUUAUAAUUAUAAUCAUAAUUAUACCACACAAAGCAAAGCAAAAAGAUAUUUAGCUCAAUCAAUUUCAACUCUGACAAUUUCAUGAUUGUUAUUUUUGCAUCAAUUUUCAUGAGAAAACAAAACAAAGCAAGCUUACUAAACAAAAUCUUUCUGUUUUUUUUACUUGGACAUUGUUCUUAAUUGACCAUUUCAAUUGGACAACUGUAAAAAAAGAGUGUAAAGGCAUGAAAAAUACAAUUAUAAACAACAAAAGCGCACCUUUUCCAUGUCGCGCGCUCUUUAACCAAUGCCAAUAAUAAAACAAGCGAUUCAAUGAUCUUA